UAUAUUCUAUCAACGGUCUGUAUACGGCUGUCAUAUUAUUUGCAUACUUGAAAUACUGCUCGCUGCUCGAUCCGACGAGUGGCUUUUAUAAACGUAGGCCAUCAUAUGACUCUUGGCUGUCUCUCUUUAAGUGGUAGUUACUAAAUUUAACUUUAAGAUAAAACUUAGCAUUUCAACCGCUAAAGUUCUCGUUCCUGAUACAUUUUGUUUCUAAUCGUCUCACUAACCCUGAACGUCGUUUGAGUAUCCUUCCAAUACCAUAGAAAACUCUAAUUUGUCUAGUAAAUUGCGAACAUUAAUCUAUUUGGUGACAAACGGUGAUAUAUUUAUUUCGGCGAAAAGUUCAAAUCAGGGGAAAGGCCGAAUCUAUGUAUAAAUAUAUUCUCUCUGAGAAUCAAGCUUUCAUUUAAAUGUCAAAUUAUUGCUAUAAUAUUAAGUAAUUAGCAUAUAGCUAUUUAAUACAUUGAUACACAAUAACGUAAAACGAAAAGAAAAUAAAUGGAAAUGAAAGGGAUAUACACGUCCUAUAUGAUGUCCUUAGCUUUAGCUCUGAUAUGGCAACUAUUCCUAAUGUCCCAGCUGCCUUUAGGGGAUGCCAAGAGUAUUUCCAUUGCUCCAACACAGCAGCAGUCUAUCGGUGGCAUCAACAACUCUACGAGUAACACCUCGAUCAUCGAUGCAGGCGAGCAGAUGAAGAACACCACUAGUCUUGUAGUAUCCGGUCCUGGUUCCCCUUCUGUUAUAUCUGCUACCCAUUUGCAAUCAUCGCCAUCCGCGGUGAAGCAUAUCCGGCGGAGCAAGCGUUCAACUCGGAUAAAUUUGCCAUUCGAUUUUCAUACGAAACAUCUACCCUGCGACAUGGAUAUGGGCCUUCAGCUCAUCAGCCAUUUGAAUUCUUUCUGCAUUUGGGCAUAUAACAACAAGUAUGCCCAUGAGGGAACCUGGCGAGUCUGGCAGAUGUAUAAGUUGGAGGGAUUCUUUUUUGGUCAGUACUACGAGCGCUUGAAGCGCUACGAAAUCGAUCCCCACGGCUAUGUUUGGCCAAAAGACCCAUAGAUACACUACAAAUGUUUGUAGGGUCAAUAAAAUUAUCCGUUCUUAUUGGAUGGUUGAUUUACGGUUUAGGGCGGUAUUUCUGGGUUAUUUAUGGGAUACCUUUUUCUUAUGUGCCAUUGAGUUAGUUGUCUGUACAUUUCACUAGUAAAAGUCAUCAUUGAUAGUCCGUAAAUUCAACUCGAAACAAAUCCAAAAUUUUUGUGUAAUUGAAUUUGUUUUGGAACGUAAAAUGAAGUUACCAUUUAGGAGAACAAUAAUCCUGUUGGCAUUGCUGUUUGUGGGGUUCCUACUAAUUGAGAGUGCAGCUGCCCGGAGUGUUCCGGAAUACAUGCCAAACGAAACGAAAAAUUCCAGUGUCGUC